UGUUGAGCUUUCCGUCUCUGCGCUUUAGUCCACGGCUCUCCACCGGAGGAGCGGAGCGCACACUGACACGCUGCCGGUCUUUCGCACAUGAACCGCGUUCAGUGUUUUCUCCUCGACCCGCUUCGAGUCUGACCACUGACGGAUUUAAAUCUCAUCAUCAUUCCCAUUCACAGACCGGACACCAGCCGCGACGUCUGGAUAAUACGCGCAGUGCACGCGCGCGGAGAUGUGGAUCAUAAAGUUCAUGUUGAUGUGGACCUGCUGGAUCGCAGUGGACGCGGACUUCGAUGGCAGGUGGUCCCGACAGAUGUCCUCAUCCAAUGGUCUGUGUCGGUACGGCGGCCGCAUUGACUGCUGCUGGGGCUGGACGAGAGUCUCCUGGGGCCAGUGCCAGCCCCUCUACGUCUUAACCCGCAGAGUAAUCGGGAUAAGGUGUCAGCCCCAAGCGCUAUGUCAGCACGGAUGCAAGCACGGAGAAUGCGUGGGACCCAACAAAUGCAAGUGCCAUCCAGGUUAUACAGGAAAAACAUGCAACCAAGACGAGCGGGGCUUUGUUAGCCCUCCAUUAUGGCACAGUCACGCUCCUGUUUUUGUUCCAAUGGACCACCAGCCGAUCGCGGCGCCUUCAGAGGACCUGAACGAGUGUGGCCUGAAGCCUCGUCCUUGUAAGCACCGCUGCAUGAACACAUUCGGGAGCUUCAAGUGUUACUGUCUGAAUGGCUUCAUGCUGCUGCCGGAUGGGAGCUGCGCCAAUGCCCGAACUUGCAGCAUGGCGAACUGCCAGUAUGGCUGUGAGGUAAUGAAAGGAGAGGUUCGCUGCCAGUGCCCGUCUCCAGGUCUACAGCUGGCUCCAGAUGGCAGGACCUGUGUGGAUGUGGAUGAAUGUGCCGCAGGUCUUGCUGUUUGUCCCCGUUUCCGGAAGUGCAUCAACACAUUUGGGAGUUACAUCUGCAAGUGCCAUGACGGCUUUGACCUUCAGUACGUCAAUGGGAAAUAUCAGUGUACAGAUGUCAAUGAAUGCUCUUUGGGUCAGCACCAGUGUGGUCCAUACGCCACCUGUUAUAACACACCUGGUUCAUACAAGUGCAAGUGUAAAGAAGACUACAGAGGCGUGGGCUACGACUGCAAACCCAUCCCAAAGGUGGUAAUUGACCCUCCACGACCUGGAAAGACCACACCGAGCAGCAAUAACAACAAAGGCGGCAACAAAAUUCCAGGAUCAGACCAAAAGAGGACCACCACAACAGUAAGACCUCCAGUAACGGCCAAACGCAUCUCACCUACAAUCACCACCACCACCACUACCACCAAACCUCCUCCAACCAAAAAAAUCACCCCUCCAGCAAGAGUCCCGGUGACCACCACCCGUAAGCCAUUCAUCCCAACAAGGAAGCCCCCUGUGCUGGUGACAACCAAACCUAAGGUCCCGACUCACCAGCACACCACCACAAAAGUCCCAGUGGUUACAGCAGUGGUUCCUUUUAUCCCAACACGCAGACCUUUCACCAUCCCGUUUGUGACACCAAUUGAUAACAGCAUCAAAGACAUCACCCAGAAACAAAGAGGCGAUGUUCACAUACCACGAAAUCAUGGGAAGAACAAUGUUCUUGGUAUCGAUUUAGACAUUGAACUGGGCAACACCGAAGAGGAGCUGAAGGAUGACCCAGAGUCUGGCUAUCUGAGCUGCUCAUUUGAUCACGGUUUGUGUGGAUGGAUCCAGCGCAGAGAGGGAGACCUUCAUUGGGAGACAUCGGAAGAUCCUUCGGGUGGGAGGUACCUAACCAUCUCUGAGGGCGGGGAGAAGCGUGGUGGGCGUGGUGCUCAGCUGAUCCUCCCCCUGAAAACCCCCUGGAACGAGGGGAACCUGUGCUUGGCCUUCAGACACAACAUGGCAGGUCACCAUGUGGGAAUGCUGCAGGUGUUCGUACAGAAAGGUCGGCAGCACAGUCCCGCUGUCUGGGGACGAACAGGAGGAAACGGCUGGAGGUCCACACAGAUCACCCUUUGGGGCAAUGGGCUAGAAAGUGUGAUCGUGAAGGGCGAGCGGCGGAGAGGCCGCAAGGGCGAAAUUGCUCUGGAUGACAUGAGUCUCAAACGAGGUUCCUGUCAGGAAGAGCACAAUCUGAGGAGACUUUAACAACGGUAA